AUGUGUACGACAAAGUCGUCUGCAAUACCACUGAGCUACCGAGACACUACCUUGGUGACAUUUUCAGAUGAUUGGUAUCCAUCAAUUUCACGACAGAUGAUGAAGUGGAGCUACACGUAUGCUAUUUUGCAGAUGUACUACUAUUCUAAGUCGGACUCUGGCGACAUGUCGAUUCCAUUGGUCCCAAGUUGUCGAGAUACGGGAUCAAGGGGUUCUCGUACUGAAAUGUCAUGUGAAAUUGGAGUGUUGUGGCUAGGAAAGAAAAGGAAGACGGAUAGGAGCAUGUCAGAUGUGAUCGAUUGUUGCUUGGCAAAACAUGUUGUUGAUACUUCCAUGCCAGCAAAUUACCGCACAGAUGCAGUGCUAAUCCGAAACCGGCACCGUAUUGCGAGAACCUGUUUUGAGGGCUCUCCCGGGCAUGUAAGCUGUAGUUUGGGCAACGGGUACUGUCGUGUUGUCAUUAUCAUCCAGAUUGGAUCCACCGAGGCGCCUACCGCUGUUUGUUUGGAUCUGGUCGGUUCAAUAUGCGACGACCCAGGCUACGGCCAGGCCAAUGCCGUGACCGGUAGCGAGUUCAGCUGCAAUCCGUGA